AUGUCGGCUAAACCUUCAUCACCUUACUCGAUGCUACCUACCUCUCAUUCCACACGAUGGGGUUUAGAUGGACUGGUGGUGAUCCUGUCGACAGUGGCUGUAGCGGUAUCUGCUCCCCGAUUCAGUGCAGAAAAUGAAAUGUACACUGGUCAUCCAGGUGAUGUAAGGGGUGCUGUGGUAGUAUUGGGAUCCGGGGGACUAAUAGGAACCAGCGUUAUUUGUUUAUUACGAUUAAUAACUCGGAUAUUACCUAGAAUAUGGGCUCAUUAUGUGGAUAGAUUAGGAUUCACUUACGUUGCUUUGAUGUGGAUCUGCUGGACUUCAACAACCAUGUCAUUCACAUUGUUCACCAUCGAUUCAUCCCUCUGUCAAUAUACCUUAUCACACCUAGAUAAUUUACCAACUUGUCCAAUCUUAUCGUUCGACUUCACCUUAUUACAUCUUUUAUCAAUCUUGACUUUCGGUCAGGUACUCAAUUAUCUCUCUAUCGCUCUUCGCUCCGAGUCGGAUUCAGAUUCGUCGAAGGGUGAUAAUGAUCGGUUUGUAAUGUGGGAACUGGCUAUCAAUAGUCCCCCGAGUUCACCGGGAAAACGACCUAGAACUCUAAGGAAUACACAUGGGCAGUCGAACUUGGGGGCAGGAGGAGGAUAUGGAUCAACGUCAACUAGCGCUGCUGCUGUUACCAUGGAAAGGGAGAACGAUUCUACAAGUGAAAUCGACAUUAUCCCCCAAGAACCCUAUGUCACACCGAUAGACAAGCAGAAGCGAAGAGAUAAAUUCUCAAGAGGUAGAUUAUGGACUUAUAUCCCCUUGAACCUAUGUUCGCUAGUUGUGGUAUGCACUUCAUUCGCUUCGAUCAAAGUUGGAGAAUUUACUUCCAGUGGGAUAUUCGUUCUGGUCACUGCGUUUGGUGGGAUUUUCCUUUCUCUAGGAUGCCUUAUCACGCAUUUCUCUCAAAAGACAAACCAACCCGAUGAAGAGGGCUUUUCAACAUUCCGAGAUCAUAGUAAAUUACGAAAAGAUAGGAUAUUCGAGGUCGUGCUUGCUGGGAUAUUAUUCCUGAUCUGGCCAAUCUCAGCAAUAUUAUAUACGCUUUUCCCUCCUACACCUUAUCAACCAUGUUCCAAUCCAUCUGCAUCUGCUGCCCCAUCCCCAGGGGAAGAUUGGAACAUUGAUCCCUUCCCGUUAUGUCAAUUGGGAAAGACGGUGGUUAGUCUUUCUUGGAUAGCCAGUUGGAUAUUAUUGACUAGGUUGAUGGGGUUGAUAUUCCCCAUUACAUUAUUGGAUAAUCACAAACCCCCAAGACAAGGUGAAGGUGCAGGGGAGAACGAAGCUUUAUUAAACGGCCAUUCAAAUGCCCUAAAUAUAGAUGCCGGAGGACAAACAAGUCAAACAGGGGGAUCGAAUGCCAAGCCAAAAGUCAAAAAGGGUUGGCAAAGAGUAACGGCUGGUGAAGAGUUUGAACUUGGUUCGGAAGAUGAAGAUGAAGAUGAAUGA